AGCCAGAGGAAGAGGGCGACAAAAAGGUGAAUAAAAGAUUGAAACGAGAAAGUGAGCAAUUGAGUAAGUGUGAAGUGUAUGAAGUGGGCGGGGAGGCUUUAUGAAGUCUCAGAGUAACUAGUCGUCGGAUUGGAAUAUACUGAUGAGUGUUUUGUCGCGAAUGAUCCGGGAUUGCUGUUUGCUGGGCCUGGGCCUGGGUCUGGGUCUGGGUGGCGGCCGCCAUCUUUGUUGGGGCAGAUUUGAAUUUUCGAUCAAGUGCAUUCUGACACAUGGAGCAGUUUCUUCCAGUUUGAACCUGCCGCAGACGGUUCUGGAAGUGAUACUUUUCCCAUGCACGGCUUGAUCUUGUCUUUCAGUUUGACAAUUGGAACAUUAGCAGUCAGUAAACUCAAACGUCACUUCAGUUUCUGAUUAAAAUAUUGAAUUCAUCAGGACCUCAAUAUCGUCAGACUUUGAUCAUGGAAGCCAAAACCAGUGUUUGUGCUGAGAGACCAUGGCAAUGUGGGGACUGUGGGAAGGAAUUCAAAUAUCCAUCUCAUCUGGAAAGUCAUCGGCGUAGUCACACUGGUGAGAGACCGUUCACCUGCUCUGAGUGUGGAAAAGGAUUCAUUUGGUCAUCCAACCUGCUGACACAUCAGCAAGUUCACACAAGAGAGAGGCAGUUCAUCUGCUCAGAAUGUGGGAAAGGAUUCACUCACUCCUCCCAUCUGCUGACACACCAGCGAGUUCAUACCGGGGAGAGACCUUUUAAAUGUCCAGACUGUGGGAAUUGCUAUAAAAGUUCUGGGGAACUAAUGUCCCAUCAACGUGUUCACACUAAUGAGAAACCAUUCGGGUGCUGUCACUGUGGGACUCGGUUUAAACGAUCAUCUCAACUCACGAUACACCAACGAGUUCACACUGGAGAGAGACCGUUCAUCUGCACAGUGUGUAAGAAGGGAUUCAUUCAUUCUUCUGACUUAGUGAAACACCAGCAAGUUCAUUCUGAUGAGAGACCUUUUAAAUGUUCAGACUGUGGGAAAUGCUAUAAAAGUUCUGGAGAACUGAUGUCCCAUCAACGUGUUCACACUGAUGAAAGACCAUUCAGAUGCUCUCACUGUGGGACUGGGUUUAGACGAAUGUCUAACCUCACUGUACACCAGCGAAUUCACACAGGGGAGAAACCAUUUACUUGCUUUAAGUGUGGGAAGGGAUUCACCAGAUCAUCUUACCUGCUGAAGCACCAGCACGUUCAUUCAGACGAGAGAAUUUUAAGUAUUCAAAAUGUGGGAACUAGUAUAAAAAUUCUGGAUAAUUAAUGCCCAUGAACUUGUUUGUGUUAUUGAAAUACCUGUAAAUGCUCAGUUGUUGAAAAUGCUUUAAAAAUUCUCAGCUGAUAAUCCAUCAAUGUGCUCACACAAGGGAGAUUGUUCCAAUGCUGUCACUGUGGAACUGUGUUCAAGUGAUUAUUUCAACUCAUUGUACACCAGCAAGUUCACACUGGGAAGAGACUGUUCAUCUCUUUCAAGUAUGGGAAGGAACUAGCUUGAUCAUCCCACUCUCUGAAACACCAGCGAUUCCACAAGUAACCACAGUCAUUUCAUUUUGCUGUUAAUCAUGUUUGAGAAUGAGGCUAUUUCGUCAGGGUCUGUCUCUACUGAUGUUAAAUUGACUCUCCUUUAAUCAUAGGAUUUUGAU